AUGCCGCUCUUUCUCCCGACGCGCAGUUACGGAGGUUCACCGGUGAGCCACUCAUCCGAAAAGGUAGGUCACAGCACAUCUUCUCAUUCGAGUGAUGCUUCUUUACUUGCUCGGCCUGAACAAUGGCAUGAUCUGGGUAGUCUGGUAUCUCAUCAACCCAGGCCGACGGUCGAUGCUACAAAGGCGAGUAUCGAAGCGCCACAGACACUUGCUACGCGGGGAGGUGUAAAUUAUUAUGCCAAUAAGCUUCCUAUGGACACAUCCCAAGCCGUCUCUUGCGACGUUAAUACAUUCCACACAGAAAUCUUGUCCGGUCCUCGGGUCAAACAAACACCCUUCCAGACUUUAGAAUCCACAAAAGGCACCCACAAACACAGUCUGGGUACCAAAAGCUCUUUACUCACCACAGCUAGUGCUGAAGCUCAUUCAAGCAUCUCGCCUAUCAUCUCAACUCCCAGCACGCAUGCAACCACAAAUCCUCCCCAACCUCCAACACACUCUCAAACAGAUUCUUCCGCCAGAAAACCGCCUCCUCCCUCCCUACGUGACCUCCAUCUCGCCAUCGGCCAACACCGCAUACAAUACCUCCCCAACUUUUCCUCCCUCACCUACGACGACGCCACAGCAGAAGACGGCUACCUCCCCAUCACCGUCCGCCUCGGCUCCUACCUCCCUCCCGACUACUACCCCCUCAUAGGACGAACAUACUCCAUCUGGGCAUACCAAACCAUCCCCGCCAGCACUACCGGUGGACCCACGCCCAGUGGCGCCGCACCACACGCACCCAUAGAAUUAGCCGCAUUCAACCAACGCGACCAACACGUCAGCCACGUCCCCGGUAUUGGCUCCAGCUCCUCAUGGACCAACAUCCAGCACCAUGUUCACCUUCACCCGGCCUUUGCGCUAGCCAGGAGCGUAGCAGAUGUCGCGUGCCUAGUGCGCUAUGCCCUUCUCCUCGCUGCAGAUGCGCGCCUGUAUGGCUUCGAGGGUGCGGGUAUCCCGUUUGGAAUCGGCUUUGCGCACCAGCUUGUGGAGAUUGGGGAGAGGGGAUGGUAUGAGGAGCGGUUUAGAAUUUUGAAUGAGGUAGGGGUAUUGCCGGGGUAUCAUGACAGGAGGACGUGGGGAGCUGUGGAUGUGGAUAAGAGCAAGAGAAUAGAGGGAAAGGGGAUUGCAGGCGGUGCGUCUGAGGAGGAGCUGGGGACAUGA